AUGACGCCUGGUGCCGGUCGUCUACCGCCUUCAACAGAGGCAACUGGGCCUGCAGCUGGCGCAAACGUGGGAGUAGCAUCUAUCAAUACUGCUUCCGCACCGGUCUUGGAUAACCGUGUGGUACUCCGCGUGGGGGAGAAGCAAUUCUUCACUACACGCGCCACUCUCGCCGAAAGCCAUCUCCUCGCGACCCUAUUGAGCACCGAGGCAACACAUGAUGGCGAGUACUUUCUCGAUGCUGAUCCUGAAAUGUUUGACCAAGUGAUGCGUUUUCUACGCACGCGCCGUUUCCCGCUCUUCUACGACCAAGCAUCCGGCUACGACACGGCCAAAUAUCUGGAGUUGCUGGUGGCGGCACAGUUUUACCAGAUCCCGACGCUGGAGAUGUGGCUGACGGAGAAGCGCUACCUGGGAGCGAUGAACAUCAAGUCAGAGUACAAACGAUACAGGCUCUUUGGGACCGACCAAAUCACACGGAUGCAUGAGCUCUGCUGGGACAGGGAGGAGCAGGGCCGCGUCCUGAGCAUAUCUGAGACCAAGGGAAAGGCUCACGCAUGUCCACAGAAGCUGUGGCGGCAUGAUGGUGACCAAAAUAAAUGCAUGAAGGCGAGAUGCUUUCAGCUGCGUUCAAGUGCGGGGGUCGGCCCGGUGACGAUGCGACUUCUGGACGUAACUGUGCUCGUGACAAAGGCAGAGAUUCGCGAGAGUGUCCUGUCAGCGGGCUCCUAUCCCGAUGGACCACCUCCAUAUCAAGGCGGGGAUGGUGAAUAA